AUGGUUGUAAGUAUGCGCAAUCUCCUCGCCGACGCUUCAUUUACGCUGCUCACCUCCGGCCACAGAGACGACCCUCAGUUGACUGCUUACCUCCGGCAAUCCCUCCGGCCUCCACUGCUCUAUCUCCGGUGUUGUGAUUUGAACGACGACGAGUUGUUAGCGAAGCUUUUCGACAUUGCGCCGUUUAGUCAUAUUCUUCAUCUGGCAACGCAGACGGGUGUUCGUUAUGCUAUACAAAAUCCUCAGUCAUACGUUAAAUCCAACAUUGCUGGAUUCAUCAAUCUCCUCGAAAUCGCGAAAAACGCCGAUCCACAGCCGUCGAUCGUUUGGGCGUCGUCGAGCUCGGUGUACGGACUCAACACCGAAAACCCAUUCUCGGAAUCUCGUGUGGCCGGAGGUGAGCAGCGUAAAUGA